CUACCCGUUCAAGUGACAGCGCGAACACUAACAGCUGUUCCUUAAUAGCUCUACUACACGACGUCGCCAUGUCGCUCCCACGACAGCUGAGAGAUGAAAGUGAUUUCGAGCAGCUGCCUCACAACGUGCCAGUCAGCGCCACCAUCGCUGACGUCGAGGAGAAAAAGGGCUUUAUUGUCUACUUUCGCUUUGUGAUCGAGGUGAGGACUAAAGGAGGCAGCAAGUACCUGAUCUAUCGCAGGUAUAGUGACUUCUACACCCUGCAUCAGAAUCUGGAGCAGAAGUUCUCCCCCGAGUCUGCGUCAGGACCCAACACCGUUGCACUGCCCACUCUACCAGGCAAAGUGUACGUGGGCAACAAACAGGAAAUAGCAGAAAACAGGAUCCCAGAGCUCAACACAUACAUGAAGAAGUUGCUGUGUUUGCCAAUAUGGGUUCUUCUGGAUGAUUUGAUCCGGAUGUUUUUCUAUCAGACCGAAUACGACAGCCUUCAGGUCCCCAAAGCGCUCCGGCGCCUCCGACCCCCGACACGCAAAGUAAAAAUCGAGAAACAGCCCAAGACGGACCUGCUCUCUUCCCCCAGAGCCGAGGCCUUGUUCGACUUCAACGGGAACGGGCGCCUGGAGCUGAGCCUGAAGUCCGGGGACGUGAUCUUUCUCCUGCGCAGAGUCAACGCCGACUGGCUAGAGGGCACGGUUAAAGAGAGGAUAGGCAUUUUCCCGGAGUCAUUUGUAAAGAUCAUUAAGCCUCUACCUGACAGCGACUCGGAUGAAGAGGGCGGGGCUGGCAAGAAAAAAAGCGGUCCAGGUUCUUACAGCUGCCUGCACUGCUGCCUGCUGCACCCCGGAGGUGUGGAUGAAAGGGAUGUGUGUGUAGAAGAAGACCUCUCCAUCCAGCCGUCGUACUUCGACCUUCUGGCACGCAUGAGGGAGGUGUUCCAGGUCGAGAAAAUUGCACUAAACUACCGUGACUCUGAAGGAGAUCUGGUGCGCAUCCUGGACGACGAGGACGUGGCCCUCAUGGUGCAAGAGAGCAAACGACAUGGGGCAGAAGUCAAGAGGCCCAUCAACCAGUAUCCAUGGGAACUUUGUGUCACACAUUCCAGCAAUCUGUCUGUGUACAACACUGAGUACUGAAACAUGCGUGCGUGCGUGCGUGCGUGCACGUGUGUGUGUGUUCGUAUGUAUGAAGGUCAUUUCCUCAGGUUUGUGUGAUGCUACACACUUCAUAGCAGACACCAAAUUCCAACACUGUUAGCUAGCACGACUAGCUCAGCGUUCAUAUUUCCAGUUGCCUAGCAACAGCACAGCUUGUUUAGACGAAACGGCUACACAAAACCCGUAACAGUUUGUUCGAGAUUUGAAGCAAUAAGCAUAUUUACACACAUUAAACAAACGUGAAUUCCUUCUCAGUGCAUUUAACCCUAACCCUUAAAAAAAAAAAAAAACACAAUAGCAUGACAGGGCUGUCUCGAAAACAGCGCCGGCGCUCAGGCAGAGGUUUGGUUCUGUAUUUCAGCCAAGAGUUUAUAGAGAAGAUCAUUUUGUGAGCUUGAUCCCACUGCUGAGCGCCGAACCCAUCC